AUGGACAUCUAUUGGGCAGAGUUCGAGUCUACCUUCGACAGCCUGAUUCGGGGCGUGUCGCUGAACACGAAGCUGAUGAGCUCAGGCUGGUCCAAGUCUCCAACGGUUGCCAUGAAGAAAUGUGUGCACCUGGAAGCCCGGAAGCUGCGAGGAACUUUGUCAGGAAGCUCAGAGUCAGAGAUUAAGCCCACUGCCACGGCCUUGAUCACAAAGGAGUUGUUGAAGAAGAAGUUUUGGGUGAUUCACAUGAGAGUCACUCAAGACGACAUCAAGGCUGGUCUUUGGAGUGUCAGGAACUCCGCCGAGGUGGUGCCACAAGUCCCCAUCUAUAUGGUUCGCCACGAAGAUGCCAGGCACAAAUGGAUCCACAUGUUUUCGGCUAACGUCAAGGUGGGGCUCUUCACAUUCCAGGUGAGGGAAGAGUCACGCGAAGCCUUGCAAGCCGGUGGGCCUGAGCAAAUUUCCAAUCCUGAGGGCAGUGAGAGUGACAAGCCUCAGCCUGAGACGGUGUCCUGCUUCUUUGUUCUCGGAAAAGAGUGUGCUACGCUGGAAGAAGCCAUCGAUUCUAUCCAGCAGGAGCAGGGUGAUGUGAUUGAGCACUUGCUAAAAAACGGCUCAAAGUUGUACAACAUGCACUACUCCAUGGAGGAGGAGAGGGUGAGGACGGUGGAGAAUAAGCGCCACCCUGUCUUCUACGACCUGAACAUUGUGACUCGGAUGGCGUAUCACCGUGGAAAAGAUCCUAGCUGGGUUUUGCACGCAACCUGGCCCCUGACCCCUGCCAGCAGGAACGGCACGACCACUGAGGGUGACAAGGUGAUCCUCUACAGUGGCACGUUGAGGGAGAACCUAUUCCAACACGCAAUGAUUCAGGACCUUGGGCAGUUCCUCCGUCAGUGUCACAGCUUGGAUUGCAUCAAGUGCUCGGUGGUCGCCGACGGUGAGUGCAACAAGGAGUUCAAAACUUUGGUAAGGCAUCGCUCGCUCGAGGAGGAGAUUGCAGACCUGGAGGACGAACUCAUGCAGAAACGCAGGCGGCUGGCAGAGUCACAACAGCUGGCUGAGAAGUGA